AUGAAUAACAACUGGCUUUUGGUGCUCGCGUUGCGUCAUUCUCAUGUUUUUGCCAAUCCUCGUUUCAACCGGUCAUUUCCUUCUUUUGUCCAGCUUCCUUGCCGACCACAUUCCAACUCAGAUCGCGUUGAUGCUCCGACUUCACUGGCUACCACCAUUUAUCCGUCCGUUGCUAACAGACCAUCCCCAAUGCUGAAAGUGUGGAUCAGCUGGGCGUUUGAGCACGCCGAGUUGUACUCCCUUCGAGGUUGA